GUUCGUUGAUAACGUAUAGAUAUUUUCCAUUUAACAUUUGGAGUUUUAACGUUAGUACUUGUAAUAUUAUUGUUCGGUAUUAAUUGCGGAAGAUAUUUCCGUUCGAUUCGCUUACAGUAGUUCGUCACGUACCCAUGAAAUUAGAGUUAUGACGUCUUAGAUCUUGGGACGACGAGUAGUCUGUCCACCAACGAACGUGGAGUCGAUCAAUCAGCCUAUGCUAGUUUAAAAGCAUAAAAUAUGUUAUUGGUGCUAUUAUGGAUAGGGCUGUGACCAGAGAACCGAUCUGGCAUAAGUGCAGCAUUUGCCACAAUGCCACGUUCGAAAAAUUAGAUCAGUUUCAGCAACAUUUAUUUGAAGUACACAGUCGAAAAAAAGAUAGUCAGUACUUCUGUGAGUACAACUCCAAUGGAAAUUGCUUUAUGUGGAAUGGAAAAAAUUCUAAUGAGUCUGAUUAUAAAAAACAUAUUGUACAUGAUCAUGCAUUCCGAUCAAUUCCUUGUCUCACAACUUACCGUAAGACUUCAGAUAGUAAACGACCAACAAAUGAAUGGAAUUUUUAUUCAGCUUCCCAGAGUCUUGCAACUGUUUUAAAUGAUCCUAGGCGUCCUCGAUCUAAAGAUUUUUUCACCAAGAUAUGGGGCGAUAAAUUUACUGAUACAUGUCCUAUUUCACCGCCUCAACAUUUACCUGUAAUAAGACCUCAGCACUUUCAAACUUAUCUAAAACGUAUAGCUAAACGUCAUAAAAAACAUGUAGAACUCGAAGAGAAAAGAGAUAAACAAGACUAUCCUGCUGAAGUUCUUCAGCAAUUUCCGAAUUUACGAUUAUCCAAAUCAACAGACAAGGUCAUUUAUGAUUUAUCUGAGGUGCCAUCCAUAUUCUUGGAACCUCAUUUCGAUCUCAGUAAACAUGAAACAUUUUUCGCUGUGUUUCCUAAUAUUUUUCUCACAUCAGAUACAUCUACCCAUGUCAAUGUUUCUACGGCUAAUAUUAGAAUAUCUGAUAAAUCUAUCCAAGAAAAAUUAAGCCAUUAUUUGGAUACUGUUGAGGUAAAAAUUGCACAACAAGUAAGUUCAAAAUCUGAAGCUUUUUUUCAUACUAUGACAUCACAUGAUACUCUUAUGGAGCAAAUUCGCCAAUCAAUUCAACUAACUAAAGAUUUACGUUGUAGAAUCAGACAAGUAGAUGAAAAAGUUGUUUCAAAAUCAAUGACAAUUUUAAAAAAUAAUACCAUCAUUUUAAAUCAUAGCAAUGUUAUUGAUAAGUUGAAAUUAAUGGCUACAGUUUAUCACACACAAACAACAAUACAAGUACUAUUGUCAGCUGCUGAUUACGUUGCUGCUUUAGAUUUAAUUUAUACUACCAAGGAUCUAUUAUCUAAAGAACUUUCAGGUGUACAUUGCUUCAGGCAUUUAACUUCAGAACUGAAUGAAAUCAUUAAAAUGAUAGAUGCUUUAAUGGCUGGUGAAUUUGAAAGGUGUUCAUCUGCAGAUCUCAAUCGACCAUUAGUUGGAACUUGCACAGAAGUCUUGGAAAAAGACAAAUUAUAUUCAAUACUUAUGGGAAUGUUGCGACGAAAAAAUUGGGCAUUCUUGGAGGCAUAUAACAAAGAAUGUGUAGCAGCAAUUAGUGCAGCAAUAAAAAAAAGUGUAAUAGAUAUAGUUUCAAAUAGUGAUGUUGAUCACCAGGUCAAUCAGUCAUCAAGUUUAGAAAGUUAUUUGCACUGUUUAACUGCCAAUGAGUGGUUGAGUAUGCUAGAAGACUGUUCAUACACUUUGUCUCUUCUUUUACGAAGAAUAAAGGCAGGCUAUAUUAUUAUGCUACAUGCACUAAAUGUCAGUGCCAAGAAAUUAAAUUGUCACAAUGAAAAUACUAUAGAUUUAGAAGAACCGUCAUUUGACUCUAAUUUGAGCGAAGAAGAUUAUUUUAAAGUCAAAUCUAAGCUGACAAAUCUUUUAAACUCUGUGACUAAGUAUGCUGUUGAAAAAUAUGCUCAAUUAGUUACUAAACGUUCAAGUGCCAAUUUUUUAAAUAAUGCUGAGAGUGAACAAGUAAAUGGUAAUACUGAACAAUUUAAUGGUGAUGAAGAAUCCAGUAAUUAUUGUUUAUCAGAUCAGAACCAGUUGUUGCGUUUAUCUGAUUGUAUAAAACAGCUGAGUGAUAGUUAUGUAGAAGUAUGCUCUAAUCAAGAUAUUGGGUUUAAAAUAUUACAAACUGCUAUGCAAUCAGAGGCCAAUAAUUUUAUUAAAAAAUUUCAUACUGAAAAAAUUAAUAAAUUGCAAUUACUAUUAGACAGUGAAAAUUGGCGCCAAAAAGUUGUGCCAUCAGAAUUUCAACACUUAGUUGAAUACAUUCAAAAUACUGGUCAGUUUUCUAUGCCCAAACUAUUAUCACCAAAAACUUCUACCAAACCUGCUCAGAUGUUAAUGGUUAAUGAUGAAAGUUUUGCAGUGGUUGGAACUAUAUUGCUUUUGAUUCAAAUGGUUACUGAAUAUUGUACAAAGGCUGAUGAAAUUAAUUUGGCUGCACAGAGCUUGUUACGUUAUGUAUGUGACAUUUUAAGAGAGUACAAUUCCAGGUCAUAUUAUUUAGUACUCCAAGCUAAAGCGAUUUCAAAUAGAACAGGUUUAAAAAAGAUUACCUGCACCAACUUAGUGCUGUCACUUAGAGCUUUACAACUAUUAUUAUGGAUUAUGCCUUUUAUACAAACACAUUUUUCGAGAUUUUUGGAUGAAAAUCAAGUGAGCACAAUAAUUAACAGAGUUAAAAAUGAUAUAACAAAGCACAUAAAAGACAUCCAAGAUAAACUGCAUGAUAUUAUCAAACAGAUAAUAAUGCAGCAAAUGUCAAACUGGGAGGCUAAACCUCCAAUUCCGUCCAAAUCAUUUCAAAAUAUUUGCAAGCACAUAUGUAAACUUCACGAGGCCAUUGCAAGUAUACUGCCAAAAACUCAAAUUCAAUAUUUAUAUAGACAAAUACAUAUAACUUUUAAAGAAAUCCUACAUGAGUGUAUUAACAAAAUGGAUAACACAAAUAAUGAUGGACCUUUACGAGGAAUUGUGUCGUCCGAAUUAAUGUUUUAUAUAAAGUCAUUAGAAAGCAUAGAUGCAUUACCCAAAGAUGAAAUGGCAUUGCAGUCCAUGAAUGAUAUUUGGAAUGAAAACUUCUCAACGAACAAUGUUAAGAAGAUUCAAUUUUUAAAGGGAGUUACAGUUUAACAUGCAACAAUUGAACAAUUAAAUAUUAAUUGAAUAUAAUCAAUAAUUUAUUUUAAUAUAAUACUGUACUUACUGUUAAGAGCAUUUUGUUAAUGUAAUCAUUAUGUAUUCUCGAUUAUAUAUUUAGGAUUCCAAACUUUCUAUUCAUUUGUUUUCUUAGUAAAUGUUUUUUUUUUUUUUUAUUUGCCGAAAAAUGUUCUUGAAUAUAGUGUUUAAAAUGUGAUUGAUCUUGUACAAACACCAGCAAUUAAUUGGUAAAAACAGUUUGUGUAAACAUGACCAAAUAUUUUGUUUGUUAAAUUGUUUUAAUAUUAUAGUCAUUCUGUGAUAAAUAAAAAAAAAAUUAAAGUAA